AUGAGAAGAAAGCACGGCGGAACGGUGGAGUCUUCAGGAAAGAGACAAAACAGUGUCCUGCUCUCACCCGUCCCUGUGCCCCGGCGGGUGCCUGCUGCUGGAUGCCCCUCACACACCCGCAGCAUGAGCGCCAACGGGCCCGCCCCGGACCCCACCUCUGCGGCCCCCGUGGCGCCGCCCGCCUCCACACCGGCCCCUGCUCCGGCCCCUCCACCCCCACCACCUGCACCUGCCCCUGUGUCCAGUACCAUCCCUGUGGGGGCCCUGGCACAGAAGAAGCGGCAGCAGUACGCCAAAAGCAAGAAGCAGGGCAGUAAUGCCAACAGCAGGCCACCUCGUGCACUCUUCUGCCUCAACCUCAACAACCCCAUACGCAGGGCCUGCAUCAGCCUGGUGGAGUGGAAGCCAUUUGAUAUCUUUAUUUUGAUUGCUAUUUUUGCCAACUGUAUGGCCUUAGCCGUCUAUGUCCCUUUCCCUGAAGAUGACUCCAACUCCACUAACCACGACCUGAGUGCCAAAGUUGUGACUCGCAGCCAGGGCCUGUUGUCUGCUCGCUGUGGGAGAGUGCUGUGGACUGACAUCAGCUGCACACAGGCUGCAGAGGCUCCAGAGGACGCACCGGCUCUGUCACUGACGAUCACUGGGACGAGGCUGGAUAUGAGCCGCUCUGCUGGAUCUGUCUGGCCCCUUUAG